AUGCCAGAGUUUUCUGUCCUUUUUGAUUUCUGGCAAAGAUUGUUCGACCAGAUUGAUGGAAAUAAAGCUUCAGAGAAUGACAUAAUUGCGCUUACUCCUGCUAGAUUUCUUCUUUUUGAUUCAAUUGUGGCCAAAGAAUCAACAGAAAAAAUCUUUGCUUCUUUGGAUUUGUAUCGAAAUGUCAACCAAAUGAUUGAUUCUUUUCCUCAGAUCAACUCGAUGCUUAGCGGGGAAGAAAAAGAUCUCUUCGACAAUUUUAGAAAACUGGAAGAUGAGCUGUUCAGUUUAGAAAACAUCGAAGACAUGACUUACGUUCCUGGUGGCUACUCAGGCCUUUAUCUCGCCGUGAAUAUGCGAAAUAAGCCAACGAGGUAUUCGCAUAAACAAGUCGAUGAAAGACUCCUGGAAGAGCUCAUGAGUGUAGACAUGGAUAGAGGAACUCCUGCCAGCCACAUUUUUGUCGUCGCAGCCUUCAAUCAUCAUUUGGAUCUUUUAACAAGCUCCUUUUGGAAUAAAUUUUCAAUCGACUGGAACUAUUCCAUCGGGCGGCACACCGUGUUCAUGGCGCCAAACGAGUUCAUUCGCCGGAUUCUCGUCAACAAUCCAUAUUCAAAGGAAGAUAUUUAUCAGCUGGUUCAUAAGAUGGAUGAUACGUACUGCAUUCUCCUUGAUCAAGUGCUCGAAACUGUUCCUUGCUCGAAGGUGUGCGAGAUAAUUUCAAAGCCAAAUCUCGUCGGAUACACAAGCGUAUUUUACGCAACCAGGAUGUGCUAUCGUUUUACGAAAAUGCUCCUUGACCGGUUACCUGAGCUCGAAUUUAAUCAAACUUGCUUCUUUGGAAACACAGUUGGACUAAUUUUCACGCCCCUCAUCGGCCGUAUUCUUGAGCGAGGCAUGAACCCCUUCAUCAUUCCAAGAUAUCGCCGAGUCCCGGAGAACUUCAACUUUGAAAUUAAAAAUUCAAUGUUUGAAAAAUACCCAGAACUCAGAGAUAUUCACGAUCAGAUUUUGAAUCAAAAGGAAAAGUAUUUUCUUUCGAGCCAAUACGAUGUUUUCAAGAAAGAAGUUCAUGCACAAGCAGAUAUGAAGAAGCUGGAGCAAAAAUUGGUAAAUGCGGCAAUCAAAGCAAUCGGAGAACAAGGACUUUGCCAUCGAGAUAUCAAGCCGCAGAAUAUCUUGCUCAAGCGAAACGAACACGGGAUAUUGUCUGUAAAAGUCGCCGACUUUGGACUGAGUGGAUUUUCCGGAGGAACUCCUCUUUACAAUCCGCCCGAGUCGACGACAGGAUCGAUUCCCUUUGCCUCGGAUAUUUACUCCCUUGGAAUAACGAUGCUUUUCACGCUCUUUGAAUCAGACCUGGCAUUCAAGAUGUAUCUCAUGCCAGAAACAGCUACUAAUGCAAACUCCUAUUCGACAUUCUUUCAAGGAACAACUGAAGUUUCAAAGAUGAUAAGUCGAACAAUCCAUGACCAAUUCAAGGGCGACUCUUUCAAAUGCUGGGCUUUUGCGACAGCAAGCAUGAUUCGUUCAUCGCUCAGAGAAGCGAUCUUAAAUUCGAGGAGGAUCGACAACUUUGAGAAGGAAGAACUUCUUGAAUCGAUAAAGUCAAUCGAUCAUAAGAGUGCUCAGCUUCUCCGUUCGGAAUUGAUGAUGAAUGUUAUUCCUACAAAAGUCCAUGCAAAUUCCGAAGAAAUUCAGUCGGCGAUGCUUCAUCACGUCAUGAGAAGACUCACGGAGCCGACUCUGCUCCAGAAAGAAGGCAUCUUCAUGCUUGGCUGUCUGCGAGGAAUAUUCAAAAAGCUUGAGCCCUUCGAGGUGAAGCUGAAUCUCUUUGCUCAUCCAACCGACUACGAUCGAUUUCCGAAGAGUUUAUCAGAAAGUGGCGUGGUUGGCGACUUCAUCAAUGCGCUUGAGGAGAAAAAAGUCCUCGUUUGCCCUGUUAGGAUGGGAAAAUCGUCAAUCAAACACGCAAUGUGUCUAUAUGGAUUCAACGAAGACUCUGAUUUUUUGUUCAAAAACACGUCAAAUGAAACGAAGACCAUUGCGAUUCCACUGACAAAAGGCGAGCCUAAAAUUGGAUAUCACAUCUGUUUUCAAGAAACGAAUAAGAGAAUUUUAAAAAAGCAGCAACUGAGAAAAAGCAUGAAUUUUUCGGAUUUGGAUCCCUGCAGCGGAAAUGACAUGGCCGUCAUCGACUAUGAUUUCAUCGCGAAAUCGGUGAUUUCUGUCCUCGGAAUCGCAGCUUUUAUUGGAAUUGGCGGCAACUUCUUCAUAUUGAUUGUUUUGAGCUAUUCUAGUUCAAAGAACCCUAUCAGCAUUCUUCUCAUUAACUUGGCCGUGGCAAAUAUCGUUUUUCAAAUAAUAGUUUUGCCUUGUCAAAUUGCCGUUUACUGGUUCCCUUAUUGGAAAUUGGGCAGAGUGUUGUGCAGAGUCUCGUUUUUUACCGAAGAUAUGGCCUCAUCUCAGUUACUUCAAGAUGCGAUGAUGUCCCCAAUAAUCACUCCCUUCCAAAGUCGAAGAGACUCUGCCCCAAAGAAAAAGCAAGAAACCCCGCAAUAUGGCAGAGUUCUCUCCCCAAUCGAUUGUCAUUCUGCAAGAGCUUCUCCAGAGGGCCCUAGAACCCCACCAAGGCUCCUGUCGAUCAAAAAGACUAUCACGAGGACAGAAACAGAGGUCAAAGUCUAUGAAGUACAAGCAGAUGAUCUUCAAAAAUAUGAACAGAUUUUGAAAUCUGAUCUGUAA